AUGGGCUUACGUGGACACGUGAUUCGAAUCACUGGUUUCAUGAAGGGCCUCUACACGGAAGCCGAGAUGAAGUCGGACAAUGUUAAGGAUAAAGAUGCAAAGAUCAGCUUCCUCCAGAAAGCCAUUGACGUGGUGGUGAUGGUCUCCGGGGAGCCGCUGUCCGCCAAGCCUGCGCGCAUCGUGGCAGGACACGAGCCCGAGCGGACAAACGAGCUGCUACAGAUGAUUGGGAAGUGCUGCCUCAGCAAGCUCUCCAGUGAGGACGCUGUGAGGAGGGUUCUAGCUGGAGAGAAAGGAGACGGGAAGGGCAAGGCGUCAAAAUCUCAGGAAGUGGACAACAGGCACGCGAAGGAGGAGGAGCCCCGCGGUCGCAAGGACAUGGAGGAUAAAAGAAACUCUGAAAUCAAAGAGAGAAGUCCAAGCAGAGAUCAAAACCAGAAGGAAGACCUGAAAGAGGAGAGUAAGCCGAGGGAGAAGGAGAAAGCCAAAGAGAGCGACCGGGACAGACCCAGAGACCCCGAGAGGGACCAUUCCCGGGACGGAGAGCGGGACAAGAAUAAGGCCCGGACCAAGCCCGAGCGCGACAAGGACCGAGGAGACAAGGACCGAGGCCACAAGGACCGGGACAGGGAGGCGGAGCGCGACAAGGAGCGGGAGCGCAAGAGUGAGGGUGGCCGGGAGCAGGAGAGGUUGAAAGAGCGAGGCCGAGACAAGGGCAGAGACAGGGACAGAGACAGGGACAGACGGCGUGUGAAGAACAGCGAGCACCCCCGGGACCCCGACAAGGAGAAGAGCAGGGAGCAUGAGAAGCCGGAGAAAAGGUCUGCAGGUCCAGGAGAGGUGACUAAGAAGUUCUCAGAUGGAUCAUUGAAAGACCCCAAGGCGGACGUGGAGGCAGAGGUUCCGAAGGCAGCCAGGUCGCUGACGAUGAAAGGCUCCAGGCGGAGGUCCAAGAGCUCCGUGGAAGGAAGAAAGGAAGACAGUAUUUCAGCUCAAGUUUUAGACCCGGUAGUCUCAGGAUUAAAUAACGAACCUGCUCAGGAAAUGACAGCUUCAGACCUAGGAACGAGGGAAGCCCUCAUGAAUUCAGCUAGCCUUUUAGAUGACAGCACCACUUGUCUGUGGCGUGACAGUGUCGAGCUCGAACAGGCGGCGAGGCAUAAAGGAGACUCUGCCAGUGACGCAGAAAGAGAAGUGGAAGCCACCGCUCAGGACAAAGCUGAGGUGCCAGAGAACGCGCAAAUCCCUGACGAGCUGCCGUCCAGUCUCAGAAGAAUCCCUCGGCCUGGCAGUGCGAGACCGGCUCCUCCACGUGUCAAAAGACAAGAAAGCUCAGAAGUUGUAACUGUCGACAGGACAGGGAGCGGGAAGGCUGUAUCCAGUGUGAUCACGGACAUGCAGAACUUGGAUGACGAGGAGGACGAUGACCAGUUCGUGGUGGAAGCUGCCCCCCAGCUCUCGGAGAUGUUGGACAUUGAGAUGGUGCCCGCUGUGGAGCUGGAGGAGGAUGAGAAGCACGGCGGCCUUGUGAAGAAGAUUCUGGAGACUAAGAAGGAUUAUGAGAAGUUACAGCAGCCCCCCAGGCCCGGAGAGAAGGAGACAUCACUGGUCUACGAGUCAGCCUGGAAGAAGGAGAAGGACAUUGUCUCCAAGGACAUCGAGAAGCUUCGAGCAUCCAUCCAGGGGCUGUGCAAGAGCGCACUACCUCUGGGCAAGAUCAUGGACUACAUCCAGGAGGACGUGGACGCCAUGCACAAUGAGCUUCAGCUGUGGCACAGUGAGAGCCGGCAGCAUGCUGAGGCCCUGCACGAGGAGCAGAGCGUCACCGACAGCGCCGUGGAGCCCUUGAAGGCCGAGCUGGCCGAGCUGGAGCAGCUGAUUAAGGACCAGCAGGACAAGAUCUGUGCGGUGAAGGCCACCAUCCUGAGGAACGAGGAGAAGAUCCAGAAGAUGCUGGUCGGCGUUACCCUGAGCGCGCGGCGCUGA